UGUAUGCCCUGCGAUGGGCUGGCAAUCAGUGCUGCAGGGUGUACCCCACCUACUGUCCGAAGUCAGCUCGGGGAGGCGCCGGCACGCCUGUGACCCUCCUAAGCAUAAAGCUGUUUGAAUGAUGAUGGAUGAGUUUGCAUUGUAUUCAUGACACAGAUGUUUCACAUGACUUUUAAAUCUGGGGACUUUAAAAGUAAUUCUGAUCACGACACCUUGAUACUUUCAGCAUAUGCCUGCCAAUUUUUUUCGAAACAAUUUUGAAUUCAUUAUAGCAUUCAAAGGUGCUACUAUUUGUGUGAUGAGUCCUCUUAUACGCCACAAAUAAAUUUCUGAAAAAACGAAAUUAAACGAAACAAUGUAUUUAUUUUGGGGUCUAAAUAUGGUUGGCAAAGUAGUUCAGUUAUUUGUGUACUAAUGCAAUAUAAAGUUAUUGCUUAAAUAUACACAUGGUUGGCAAAGUCGCACACAGACAUGAGGGUGGAACUUUGAAAACAUAUCCCGGAAUAGUUUCUUGCCUAAUAUGUGUAAGUGAAAGCUACAAUUCUGAGUUUAUUUCCCGUAAGUGGCAUUGCAACACUUUUUAAAAUGUGGCUGUUUAGAGAUUUGGGCUUCUCGUCAGUGCCUUUUUUUUUUUUUUUUUUUUGGAAGAACGCUAUGCAAUGUUAAAUCACAUGUAUCCAAGACAGUCAUGUGACGUGUGCAUGGUGAAGUUCCAACCUGUUUGCGGAUGUCCUGAAUGCUCCUGAAUCUGUUGGACCAUUGCUUUCAGCUUCAUGCCCGGUACACACGGAUGAAAUUUUACAUUGGAAAUAACUCUGUUUAUAGGAGCAUUUCAUAACUGUGCCAGUCUUUUGGAAAUAACUACGGGCUUUAAUGUACAUCCUAUGAGCACAUAUUUUCUUGAGUGUACGACUUGCAUGCAAGAGUAUUCCACUUGGGCAUGCAUCCAUCCAUCCAUCCAUCCAUUUUCUAAUUGCUUCGCCUCACGAGUGCGUUUAAUUUUCACCACUCAGUAUGUCAUUACGACUGGCUACGUCAUCACUCUGCAAUACAUUCAUUUUAACGUUAUUUAGUGGGCUUUUGGGAUUGCUACACGAUCGGGCUUGAACGCAGAUUCAAUUUCAGACAAAGUGCGUCCUCUAGCGGUUGUUCUACAAACGCGCAAGUACUGUAUUUGCAGACAGAAACAUUGACCAUUGAUCAUCAGCAGUUUAUGAUUUGAAAAAUGCCGAGGAGAGAUGAAACGAGCUAAUUUGCUAUCGUCCAUACAGUUGAACUAGAAGUACUGUAGUAUGCCUAUUAAAUGUACGCGUAUACAAAUUACUGAGUACUCCACUUUCUUAUACAAUCUAAUGAGAUCCCAAUAAGUUGCAUUUGUAUUCAUUUACAUUUACAACAUUCAGACCCUUCACUGUUGUCAUUCAAUCAUGUAAAAACAGCUGUCCUUCUCUUUGCACGCCCCCGAAGGCGAUGCCCAAAUGAUGUCAUGCUUGCUUCCACGUGAUGUGGAAAUGCGUUUUCCAGGGGUGUCCAACUCUUUCCUGCAUGAUUUCCAUCUCUUCUCGCUGCAGCACACCUACUUCCAAUCGUUAUCAGGCUCCCGCACAGGUCGCUGAUGAGCUGAAAAUUUGAAUCAUAGCGGAGUUUGAGAGUCCUGGGUUACACAAACUGCACCUCAAUGCUCCCUCCGUCCCAAGCGAGGGCGGCGGCUCAGAAGGGAGCAUCUCCCCGUCAUAUCGUCGUAGCCCCUGGAGGGGGCGCGCCACACCACGUGAUUGAAGGGCUUGACAGAACGCGUGCGCGCGCCACCGAGUGAGUGCCCGAGCUAGACAGAGAGCGGCUGUCUGCCUCCUUUCCGGUGCUGCCUGUCGCCGCAGUGCUUCGCCGCUCUCCCCCGCCUGCACACCUCCGCUCCGAACCCCUCGAGCUACCUGCUGUCACAUCGCCCGUCCUCCUCCACCUCCCUCCGCGGAUGCCUCAGUCCUUUCGCGAGCUGCAAAUGCACGCUGCCCCCGCCGCCUCCCUGGAAGCAGGACGAGGCGACCGGACGCGUUCUCCCACCCUCGACUGAGGCGAGCACGCUGCGGAUUGGACCCCGAGGAAAGGCGCACCAGGGGCGCAAGGAGAAUCGAGGAGACGCCGGUGGCUGGGACGGUGGCCAGGAGCUCUUUUCGCCAUGCCUGUGCCAGAGCAGCCCGCCGAGCAGGAGAAGGGAGCCACGGUUCCCCCGGUGAUGUCGGCCUCCAACGGAGACCGGUCAGAGACGGAGACAACCUCCUCGAUCCUGGCCUCUGUCAAAGAGCAGGAGCUGCAGUUUGAGCGCCUGACCCGGGAGCUGGAAGCCGAGCGUCAGAUCGUUGCCACCCAACUCGAGAGAUGCAAACUGGGAUCGGAGGCCGGCAGCAUGAGCAGCAUCAGUUCGGCAGAUGAACAGUUUCGGUGGAAUGCUCAAGCCGAUGGACAAAAGGAUAUUGAGGAUGAGUUGACCACGGGUUUGGAGUUGGUGGACUCCUGCAUCCGUUCCCUCCAGGAGUCAGGAAUCCUUGACGGUGUGGAAAGACCGGCGCUCCUCUCCCAGAGUUCCUUGCAGCUCAACUCCACCCCGGAGGCUUCGCUCCAGUACUCUGCCAGCUACCAUAGCAACCAGACCCUCGCCCUUAGCGACAGCAUCUCCGCAGCAUCUCCUCAGCGCAGCGGGCAGGUUGGGGGAGCCGUGCACAGCUAUAACCAGGUGACUUCGAGCCGUGCAGCCCAGCAGCAACAAUCGCAGAGUGGGGCAGGGUCGGGCAUCUACUACUCGAGCUCCACUUUACCUGCCCAGCGAGUCAAUUCCCCUCUGUGUGGUGGGGGAGGGGGUUCAGGCCCAGGGUCCCCCAAUAAACUCCAACGCCUGGGAUCGGCGUCUGAUUCUCUGGGGUACUCCACCACUCAACGCCUGCCUUCCUCCUCCUCGUCUUCUCCCAGCAAACAGUGUCCUGCUAAUCGCCUGGCUAAGUCAUUCAGCACCAACGUUGCCGUGACAACAGUGGGUGGUGGAGGUUCUCCUUUGAGGUUGGCCUCUCCACCCAACUCCAGUGCCACCGGGGGAGGGGCCGGCUCAUCAUCCCCCCUUCAUCAGAUGAGCUCGGGCAUCGGCAGUUAUGCCACUUUGUCUCCCAAACGGCUCGCAGCUCACCACGCGUCCGACCAGUACAAGAUUUCCCAUGAGCUCUACGCAACCGCUACACUCCAGAGGCCCGGCAGUCUAGCGGGCUCCCGCGGCUCCUACAGUAGUCAGCACAGCCAGGAGCCCCUGCGACCCUUGGGGUCCCCAGAGCGCCAUAUCGAGCCCAUAUAUGAAGAACGUAUCUACCACAACAAGGGUCCCAUGAGGAGCCUCAGCCAGAGCCAAGGGCCCGACACAGGCCCCUAUCGCAACAACACCGCUCCCUCCUCCCCUGGUGUCGACUCCACCCCUUUGCAGCGAACAGGAAGUCACGGCACGGGAACGGCAAACUACGGCCGUGGCGGGAGCAACAACUAUGCCACGGUGGGACCGGGCUACACCACCAGCGGGGGAGGAGGCGACAUGUACGGCUCGGACCCCUACGUGGCCGACCCUUACCGCACCCUGCAGUACUGCCCCUCGGUGGUCGAAUCACCUUACAGCAAGUCUGGGCCCGCCUUGCCGCCAGAAGGCACCCUGCAGCGUUCGCCUUCUGUUGACUCCAUUCAAAAGGACCCCAGGGAGUUUGGCUGGAGGGAUCCCGAGCUGCCAGAGGUGAUCCAGAUGCUGCAACAUCAGUUCCCAUCUGUGCAGUCCAAUGCUGCCGCAUACCUUCAACACCUCUGCUUUGGAGACAACAAGAUCAAAGCUGAGAUCCGCAGACAAGGCGGCAUCCAGCUGCUGGUCGACCUGCUGGACCACAGGAUGAGCGAGGUUCACCGCAGUGCCUGCGGAGCUCUGAGGAACCUGGUUUAUGGCAAGGCCAAUGACGAGAAUAAAGUGGCCCUGAAGAACUGCGGAGGGAUCCCAGCGCUCGUCCGCCUUUUGAGGAAAACAGGAGACGUUGAAAUCAGAGAGUUGGUCACAGGCGUCCUGUGGAACCUGUCGUCAUGUGACGCUCUCAAGAUGCCAAUCAUCCAGGAUGCGCUGGCUGUGCUGACCAACAGCGUCAUCAUCCCCCACUCCAACUGGGACUCCUCCCCCAAUCACCAUGACGACCGCAAGCUCCAGCUUCAUACUUCCCAGGUGCUGCGCAAUGCGACCGGUUGCCUCAGGAACGUCAGCUCCGCGGGUGAGGAGGCGAGACGGAGGAUGCGGGAGUGUGACGGUCUGACGGAUGCCCUGCUCUACGUCAUCCAGACUUCUCUGGGAAGCAGUGAGAUUGACAGCAAGACUGUGGAGAACUGCGUUUGCAUCCUGAGGAACCUGUCUUACCGCUUGGCAGCCGAGACGUCCCACGGCCAGCAGGGAGGCUUGGAGGAGCUCGAUGGCCUCCUCUGUGACUCCGGCGGUCGUGAUGGAGAGAGCUCCGGCUGUUGGGGCAAGAAGAAGAAGAAAAAGAAGGGUGCUGACCAGUGGGACGGUGUUGGCCCCUUUCCAGACACGGUGGAUCCCCCCAAAGGAGUUCAAAUGCUCUGGCACCCCACCAUUGUCAAGCCCUACCUCACCCUGCUGUCCGAAUGCUCCAAUCCCGACACCCUCGAGGGAGCGGCCGGAGCCCUGCAGAACCUGGCUGCUGGCAGCUGGAAGUGGUCUGUGUAUAUCCGGGCCGCUGUCCGUAAGGAGAAAGGACUCCCCAUCCUGGUGGAGUUACUGCGGAUCGAUAACGACAAAGUUGUGUGCGCCGUGGCCACCGCUCUGAGGAACAUGGCGCUGGACGUCCGGAACAAGGAGUUAAUCGGUAAAUACGCUAUGCGAGACUUGAUCCAUCGACUACCUGGCAGCAGCAGCAGUAACAACAACGCCCCCAGCAGCGGGACCUUGAGUACUCCAGGUCCAGCCAGCAAGGCCAUGUCUGAUGACACCGUCACUGCCAUCUGCUGCGCACUACAUGAAGUCAUCACCAAGAAUAUGGAGAACGCCAAAGCCCUCCGGGACGCCGGUGGAAUUGAAAAACUGAUUGGCAUCGCCCGCAGCAAAGGAGAAAAACACUCGGCCAAGGUGGUUAAGGCGGCCUCUCAGGUGCUCAGCAGCAUGUGGCAGUACAGAGACUUGCGUUCCCUCUACAAGAAGGAUGGCUACUCCCCGUAUCACUUUGUGGGCUCUGCCUCCACAAUAGAGCGAGAUCGACAGAGACCAUACUCAUCUUCUCGAACUCCCUCCGUGUCGCCUAUCAGGACAUCUCCAAAUAACCGCUCCGCAAGCGCUCCAGCCUCUCCAAGAGAGAUGAUGAGUCUGAAGGAACGCAAGAUGGACUACGAUUCCACAGCAACCAAUGCUGGUUUCCAUAGCAACAAAGGCGAGCACACAUCCCGGAAAGAUGGCAUGGCAGUGUCCUGUGGAACGUCUACAUUGUUCCGAAAUUCAUACCUGACUGCCAGCGAUGAUAUCAAGCCAAACCAGGCCCCAGUUCAGCCCUGCACCAUGGCCCCGCAGCCCCAACAGGACAGUCCGUCAACAGCCGUGCUAAAAGACUACGACCACUACCCACCCCCUCCCUCCUUCCCCCAGCCUCUGCCUCCACAGCCUCCGCCUCACAGCCAGAGCAGGAGCUUCGACGAGGCCUACUACGAGGACCAGGGACCGCCUCCGCCGACCCAGCCCCAGCCCCAGGUCCAAGCACAGGCUCAACCUCAGGCCCAACCCCAGCAGGCUCCCAGCUCCGCCGGGCCUCCUCGGGACCCACGGGAGGACCUGCGCAUGCAUCUGGGCCUCAAGUCCACUGGCAACUAUGUAGACUUCUAUUCAGCAUCGCGGCCGUACAGCGAAUUGAACUACGAGACCAGCCACUAUCCAGCCUCGCCUGACUCAUGGGUCUAAUUAGGCUGAUGAAGACGAUGUUGUCGAUGAUGAAGAGGGGUUCACAUGUGUCUCUGUGUGUGGAGGGGAUUUUUGUUGUUGUUGCUUUAUUUCCAAGCACAUCAAGUUUGCUGAGUAAUCUUGAACCCCCUGACAAGGACUUUUGAUGCUCUCUCAAAACAAGAGCAAGAAAGUGUAAUGAAGUCAGGACAAGUGACAAACAAUGCAUGUGCAUGCAUUAUCUUUUUUCGGUUUUUUAUUUUAACCACCGCUCACUUUACAUCUUCAACCCCAGCUCUGCUCACCUGAGUGAGUGCAAGGUGUGUGAGGGGCCAAAAACACUCUGGGCAGAAUAAAUAAGUCAUGAAAGAAAGCAAACACUAAAGGCACAGGGAGAUGACUAAAGAGGAGGAGGCGAGCGAGGGAUGACCGUAUGAAGGGGAUUGAAGAGCUUUUAUUCGCGGGAGGAGUCCUGACCGUUUGUUGAAGGCGGCGAGAGCAAAGAGAGGAUGACUCGCAUGAGGAGGUCAGGAAGAAUGGAAGCAUAUCAGAUGUGAGGAGCAAAGUGGGUCCCUCCUACUUUGCCUAAACGUAGCAUUGCUUCUGUCCCCUGCCCUUUUUUGUUUUUUGUUGUUAUUCUUGUCAUUGCCUUUUUGCCCAUGGAAGCCUCUGUUUUUAUUUUUACGCGAUGUCAUUUUUUUCUACUUUUUUUUAGAUUUUUCAAGAAGUCAUUUUAUGUAUUACAAACGUAACGGUGCUCACAAUUUUUCUUUCAUUUGAUGAUUGUUUGUGAUAUGGUUUUAAGAGGAAAGCAACAAAAAAAAAAAAAAACAUGAAUAAGAACACAAGAAGCGGACUUGAAGACCACAAUGGAAGUCAGCACCAUCCCAAUUUUGCAGUAUUUGUGUUAGUCGAACUUCAUCCAAUUGAAUAUUUUGGUGGAAAAUGGAAAUGCACACACACGGAGAGUGCUUUUUCACUGCCUCAAAAAGAAUAUCUUUCCAAGCACAGUUUGUGUUUGAGAAAGCUCAUCUUGUCUUUAGUGAAGGAGGGGACAGCAUCAUCACUUCGUCAAGAGUAAAUAUUGUACAAUCCAAUGUAAACUAAAGUGACGAAGGACAAGAAAGACCAUGCCAAACUCCGACCUCUCUCGGGUCAAUCCUGGAUGACUUUAAACGGACAUUCCGUCUCAGUUUUCAGACACUGACUGGAUGUCUCGCUCUGCUGUUUGUAACUUUUAUGUCGCUGUGCCCCCCCAUCUGGAUAUUACUGGGAAAUAUGGGUAGCUUCCCUUUGGUGUACUGUGCAGAGCUGUCCUUGGUGUCAGCUGAGCAAUUGCGGGCGCGUGUACGGAUGCGUGUGCGUUUGUGUGCAUGUCGGUGACAGAAUGUGUGGCCUGCGUGCAGACACAUUCAUUCGGGUGAACGUAUUUAUGCAUGCAUGUGUGAAGUCGUGCGUGUAUGCCUCCGUUGUGUGUCUGUACAAAUCAAUGUCCAUGCAAGGCAUUCUUACCGACGGUCAGUCUGGUUUUGCUAAUCACGGUCCAAUCACUAGAAUGAAUUGUUGAAAUAGAAUCUAUAAAUAUAUGAAUAUAAAUAUAUAAUUUUUAUGUGCAGAUAUCCGUGUCACUAAAGCGCAGUGUUUGCAGAGAAAAAAAAAAAAGACGUGGUGUACAAACAGAACUUGAAUUCACUUGCUCUAAUCGUGAAACAGCGGCUCCCUGGCGCCCCGCCCGCCCAUCCUUCCCCUGAUGAGACGACAGAGAAAUCCUACCUGAAGAUGCUCAGGCUCUGGUGCGAGUUGUGUGUUACUGUGUAUUCAUGCUUCUUAAAUGACCCUGCUGAGAAAGGACCGUAUUUGAACACAUGCAGAAAUUAAAAAAAUUCUUGGAGCAAACAU